GAGGAAGUUUGCUUUUCUUUCAAUUUAUUCUCCCUUUCCUUUACUUCUGCAUUCUCUUCUCUGUUGUCGUGCCGCAAGGUUUUGUGUGCGGUGAAAAAGUUACACGCGACGAGGUACCAGUACUACCGGACUUCUCUCCGUGCGUUCCGGAGACACGUUCCACCGAUUUGGAGCUCCCCAACACAAGAUGAGCGAUAUCAAAGUUCCAGAAAUUGAUCGGGAGAAGGAGGCUUAUACGCCGGAAGAAAACACGUUGGGAGUUGUCACUGAAAUUGUGAAUGCGUCCGGUCAUCGAGAUCAAUUGGACAGACAAUAUGGGAUAUUGAGUAUCUGCGGUAUGGCAUUGACGGUAGACAAUGCUUGGGUCGCAAUCGGAACAUCUUUGAAUGUUGCUAUUUUCAAUGGAGGACCCCCCGGCGUUCUUUUUGAGCUUCUCAUUGCCUGUUUCUAUUAUUGCUUCAUUGCUGCAUCGAUAGCUGAGUUGGUUUCGGCCGUUCCUUCCUCGGGAGGUGUCUACCACUGGGCAUCCCUAAGCCCCGGCCCUAAAUAUGGCCGCGUACUCGGGUUCUUCACCGGUUCAUUGAACUUCUUCGGUUGGCUGUUUGAUCUGGCGUCGAUCGUAUACAUCAUGUCGGAAUUGGUGGUGCAGAUGUAUGGUCUCUAUCACCCGAAUUAUGUCCAACAGCCGUGGCACGUAUUCGUGGCACUGCUGCUCAUUACUUGGAUUUGCAUUGCCGUCACGAUAUUUUUCAACAAAUACCUACCGUAUCUCCAACAGUUCGGAUUAUUUGUGGUUCUUGUUGGUGGUAUCGCCACGCUGAUUGUUCUGGCUGCGAUGCCCAAGAAACACUCAACCAAUUCUUUCGUUUGGACCGACUGGCAGAACAACACAGGCUGGCCGAGUGGUUUUGCCUUCCUGGCAGGUGUUUUGAAUGGCGCCUUUACCAUCGGAACUCCGGAUGCAGUUACGCACAUGGCCGAGGAGGUGCCGCACCCGAGAAAGGAUCUUCCCAAGGCUAUUGCGGCCCAGAUUAUCCUCGGGUCGAUCUGCGCUUUCGUUUUCGCCAUCGCACUCUUCUAUGGAAUCAACGAUCUCGAUGCAGUGCUGAAUGCCAGCGGCGCAUUCCCCCUGGCUGAGAUUUAUAUCCAAGCAACCGGAAGCACAGGGGCAACAUUUGGGCUCUUGUUCAUCAUCUUCCUGUCUCUGGGGCCCUGCUUGAUCGGAACCUUCCUCACGGUUGGUCGAACAUGGUGGGCACUCGCUCGUGACAACGCAACCCCAUUCUCCGGAUUCUUCUCCAAUGUCAACGAAGGUCUCAGUUGCCCAAUCGAGUCAACCAUCUUCACCGGGAUCAUGACCACUGCUUUCGGCGCCAUCACCCUUGGAAGUCAUGCAGCUUUCUCCGAUCUUGUUGGUUCAUUCGUUAUCCUCACCACCACAUCAUAUGCUCUAGCCAUUGGAGGACAUCUCUUCACUGGCCGCAAGAACCUUCCACAAGGCCCCUUCUGGAUGGGCAAGACAGGUUACGCCAUCAACGCAAUUGCAGUCAUCUGUAUCAUCUUCUUCAACAUUAUCUUCUGUUUCCCGUAUGCGCUUCCGGUCGCCACUGCCACAAUGAACUACAACAGCGUUAUCCUGGUGGGCGUCACAUUCUUGACAACUAUUUGGUGGUUCGUGCAUGGAAGUGGGAAAUACCCAGGACCCAAACUCGGAGGCUUCAUCGUCACGGAAGAGGGCAGACAACUUGCCGAGAAAUAAAUUGGGCUUAUAUAUUGCGAUACCACAUUAGGAGAGCCUCUAAUGUCGAGCUCUGUCAUAGAUACCUUUGAAGUUCUUUGCGAACACGUCUGUCUUAUUAGGGGCCAAAUUUGUAGGAUUACAGUACACUAGACUGAUUUUAAUUCUCAAUCGAGUUGGAUCUGGAG